AUGGAGCAAAAAACACCAAUAAAAGCUAAAAAGGUAUGGAGCUUGAUGCAUGCAAUCUUCCUCAUGUUGAAAAAAGGCAUUACCAAAGCAAAAAUAUUCACUGAUCUUAACAUGAUGAUAAAACGUAGCAAGAUCGUCGGCAAAUCCCUACACAACCUUCUCUUCCACCACCACCACCACUGGGCUGCCACCACCUUCCACCGCCACCCCCACCACCUCCCCUUCCCUACCCCACCACCAAGCGAUGACGACUUCAGCUGCAACACCACCCCACUCUCCCUCUUCUCAACCCACAACAAAAACCCUAACAAUAAUAGCAUAACUAUCAAUGCUACGGUUAUGAAGGCCUUGGAGGACAUGCUCACAAGCGCCACCGCAUCGCCGGUUUUUGGGAAAAGUCCGGUGGUUAAGCAACUGAGGAUAACGGACUCGCCGUUUCCGUUAAGUAAUGGUGAGGAUGAUGGUAAGGUGGAUGAAGCUGCUGACAAGUUUAUAAUGAAGUUUUAUGACGAUUUAAGACGGCAAAGCUAA